AUGGGUUGGUUCGACGGUAAAUCCAGUGCAGUUUCAUCGGGAGGAUACGUGCGGCGCCGGUCAUCACCGACACCCAGCUCGCACAGCACGCACAGCAGACGCAGCAAAUCCGGCUACUCCUCCACCCACCAUACGCGAAGCUCAGCGCCAUCUUUCUUCGGCGGGCUAGGUGGAGGCCGAACAGGAGGCCGAUCAAGCCCAUCUGUAUUCUCAUCGUUCUCAUCUUCGUCGCGACGGGCCCGGCCCCGCCAGGGAUUCGUCCAGCGCAUGCUCCGCGACAUCAAGCGUCUCUUCCGCGAUAUCUAUCGCUGGGCUCGUCGAAACCCUAUGAAGGUUUUUAUGAUGGUUAUCGUGCCGCUCCUCACUAGCGGUGUUCUGCCGAAGCUACUGGCUAUGAUUGGCAUUCGUUUACCGCAUGCUGUUACCAGUGCCCUUGGUGGCGCGACGAAGUCGAGUGGUGGUGAUAGUGGUGGCAGGGGUAUGUCGGAGAACAUUAGCAGUCUCAUGAACAUUGCCAAGAUGUUUGCGUAG